AUGUCCGCCUCCGUCAAAACACAACUUCCAGUCAUUCCCCGCAGCCACACACACGCCAUCUCGAAGCGGCCCGCCCAGAGGCCGAAAGCUCGCCCUGAUCGAUUCGCCAACAUGAACCCCUGGGAAACAUGCGCUCUACAGUUCCGUGUCAUGGGUCGGUCCUCGCCCAAGGUAGAACUCGGCCCUAUCGAUUGCUCAGUCGCCCUCGUGCUCUGCGACCUCGCCCAGCCCGAUUGCCCUAUCGUCUACGCAUCGGAAGCCUUCACAUUCCUUACCGGGUACUCCAAUGCCGAGAUCCUCGGACGCAACUGCCGUUUCUUGCAAGCACCUGGAGGAAAGGUCAGCCGAUCUUCUCCUCGCAAGUACGUCGACGACAGGAUGGUCAAGAAGAUGCGCAAGGCCGUGGAGAAGAACGACGAGGUCCAGCUCGAGGUCCAAAACUUCCGCAAGGACGGCUCGCCGUUCAUGAACAUCUUGACGAUGAUCCCUGUCACCUGGGACAGCGAAGACUAUCGAUACAGCGUUGGCUUUCAAGUCUCGCGCGACGAGUGA